UGACGGUCCCUUGUGGAACCUGCAGCCCAGCAGCCAUGUCUUCACUGUGGAGGAACCUGAAGGCAUCUCGCCCCCUCCUGUCUCCUCACCUCUCGGGCCUCUCCUCCGUGCGUCCGCGUCCUGCAGCCGCUCUCCAGGCUUCGUGCGUGAAUCCCCGCAGAGAGUCCUCCGGGAGACCCUUCAAUGUUCCGCCCAGCGCCGAGUUCGUGGCGCGGGUGUCCGGGAUCCCCACCAUGGCCAAGCUCCCCUUCCAGGAGACGGCGGACGGGCUGGACGCGGCGUUUGUCGGAGUCCCGAUCGACACCGGGACCUCGAACCGGCCCGGAGCCAGGUUCGGUCCCCGUCACAUCCGGGUGGAGUCGGCCAUGCUGAGGCGGUACAACAGUGGCACCAGGGCGGCGCCUUACGAGUCCCUGAUGGUGGCCGACAUCGGGGACGUGAACGUGAACGUGUACGACCUGAAGGACACCUGCAAACGCAUCAGGGAGGCGUACAGGACCAUCCUGGCCACCGGCUGCAUCCCUCUGACCAUGGGUGGUGAUCACACGAUUGCAUAUCCAAUCCUACAGGCUGUCGCUGAGAGGCAUGGUCCGGUGGGUCUGGUCCACGUGGACGCUCAUGCUGACACCAGUGACGUGGUCCUGGGGGAGAAGAUUGGACACGGGACUCCAUUCAGACGCUGUGUGGAGGAAGGGCUACUGGACUGUAAGAGAGUGGUGCAGAUCGGCCUGCGGGGCUCAGGCUACUCUGCCGACUCGUACGAGUGGAGUCGGGCACAGGGUUUCCGUGUGGUCCAAGCAGAAGAAUGCUGGUUCAAAUCUCUGGAACCCCUGAUGGCUGAGGUCCGGGCUCAGAUGGGCAGCGGCCCAGUGUACCUCAGCUUCGACAUCGAUGCUCUGGACCCGGGCUUUGCCCCUGGAACAGGCACACCAGAGAUAGCAGGGCUCACUCCCAUCCAGGGAGUUGAGAUUAUCCGAGGCUGUCGUGGUCUGAAUCUGGUCGGAUGUGAUCUGGUUGAGGUGUCACCACCUUAUGACACCACAGGGAACACUGCGCUGACAGGUGCCAACCUCCUCUUUGAAAUGUUGUGCGUCCUCCCGAAAGUGAUAUAUCACUGAUCAGAAUAAUAAAUCAAAUAAAACUUUUGAUUAUAGCCAUCAAUGGAAUGAAUUCAGUAUUCAAACCAACAGAGAUGUCACUUACACCAACUUACCAAAGUAAUUACGGCCACUUUCACAAAUCUAUCAAUAUUCACUUUGUAUUUCAAGCUGCUUGUAAGACAAAAUGUUUAUAUACAAUAUUCACAUCUGGGGUUUUUCUCCACAUUUGCAAAAAUAUUCGUUAUGGGAACUUUAGUUUUUUUUCUUAUAAAUGUCAAGCUCUCUAUCAAACAGUGUAAAGUGCCUUGAGAUAAUGAAUGUUGAAUUUA